AUGUCUUCGGACAUUGAAUCCUUUGCUGCUCAUCUGCAGUCGUCGAAACGCAUCUUGGCUUUGCUCGGAGCUGGAUUAUCUGCUUCUUCUGGACUACCUACCUUCCGAGGCGCAGGAGGCUUGUGGAGGACUCAUGAUGCCACCUCUCUAGCGACACCCGAGGCUUUCAAUGCCGACCCUGCUCUGGUCUGGCAGUUUUACAGCUAUCGUCGUCACAUGGCUCUCAAGGCUCAGCCAAACAGAGCCCAUCUCGCUUUGGCCGAGUUAGCCAGGAAGAAUCCAGGCUUCAUGACGCUCAGUCAGAAUGUCGACGGCCUCUCACAACGUGCGAAACAUCCCUCAGACAAGCUUCAACUGCUCCAUGGCAGUCUAUUCAACGUCAAGUGCACCUCCUUCUAUUGCUCAUACCAUGCCGAAAACUUUACCGACCCCAUUGUACCCGCCCUCAAGAUACCGCUAGACGAAUCAGAUCCUACCACCAAAGAAGCCCGUCACGCCGUCUCGGACGCUUUGCAAGCCAAACAGGAACAUAAAGAGCUGGACAUAUCAGACGCAAACAUUCAUCUACCCUCGGUGAAAAUAUCAGACCUGCCAAAAUGUCCAGAAUGUCACAAGGGUCUUUUGAGGCCUGGCGUUGUCUGGUUUGGAGAGGCUCUUCCAAGCAAGGUCAUCAACACCGUGGAUGACUUUAUCGUCGACUCUGACAAGAUUGACUUGAUCAUGGUAAUUGGUACGAGUGCCAAAGUCUACCCAGCUGCUGGUUACGUUGACCGUGCGAGAGCCAAAGGAGCUCGAGUUGCGGUCAUCAACGCAGAUCGCGCAGAUGCUCCCGCUGGUGGCAUCUCAGAUAGUGACUGGUUCUUCGAAGGCGACGCUGCCCAAAUCGUCCCCGAGAUAUUGAGGAGCGUUAUUGGUGAGAUUGAGCAGCCUGCCGAGAGAUUAUAG